CAUAGCCAGCCAAAUUCUCCACCUAAGUCAUCAUCAUAUCAUAUGGUAUGUGUGGUUAAACUGGAAUUUGAAAAAAUGAAAUCCAUCAUCCACCACCACCACCACCACCACCAGCCGCCGCAGCCGCCACCACUCUCCACCCUAUCAAAGUUGAACCAUACCCAACACCUCAACCCUCACAGACUCCAUUACUUCUCUAGACAUCCACCUUUAAGGAUCAAGGCCAUGGCUAUCACCUCUUCUCAUCUGGUGGUUCUUGGUGUCAAUCCGCCCCCUGCCACCACCGGAGACUUAUCAGUUUUGAUUCCCACAAGUGCAGCAUUCCUGUUUCUUUACUGGAUCACCAACUUCGUGGUGCCACGAAUCAUCAUGAAGGAUCUCGAAUCUGAAGAUGCAAGUAAAGAUCAAGAACCCAACGAAGUUAGUUUAGAACCAGAAAAGAAAGGAUUCCAAGGCACCAAGUGACAAAAAACCACUUGAUUUUGAUUCAUGUAACUGUCUUUUUGAUGAUGAUAAUAUACACUUAUACUUAGUUUGUUUGUAUACGAAUAACCAAAUCUCCCCAAAAAACCAACAAAUUAAAU